UCCAGCGUGGGAACCUGGGGCUCGCCGACACCUGCCCUGAGCCCGCUGGACCUCUUGGGGCCCCGCUCCUGCCGCGUCGCUUGCAGGGUGCACGCUCCCCAGGACCCCGCGAGCCCCCGUCCCCGCAUCACCCCGGGACCCCACCCCCUGCCCAGGCGGCCUACUGCAUUCUGCCUCGGGCCCUCUUCCCUGCGCCGGGCAGGGCGGAGGUGCAGGCGCCGCCCCCUCCUGCCCAGUCUGCCCCUUCCCGCCUCCCGUGUUCUGCCCGCAGAACCGCACCACCCCGUGCUGCCCCCGGAGUCAGGGCCGCCUCCCGGUGCUCCUGCAGAGGUUCCGGUGGCUCUGGCCUUUGCUUUCCUGUGCCCGCAGGUCAACCAGGUUUCACACCCCUGGAAAGCCUGUGAGGGCCCAGGCAGGCGGCUGGGCGCAGGAUCAAAAAGCCCAGGCUGAUGCGGGGGGCCACUGCCUGGUGUCUGGCUCUGGGCUGUCCCUGCAGCCCUAAGUCUACUCCACGCAGGGAGCGUGGGGGCUGAGCCAGGAGGCCCAACUGGCGGGAGUGAGCUGUGCAGAUGAGAGGUGUGUGGUCACUUGAGCCGGUCCGGGUGCACUAUGUUUGGGGGCCAGCUCUGUGGUCUGCGGAGGACACGCCGCCACCAGCCCGCCCCCUUGCCAGCAGCCAGGGUCCGUGAGAGCCAGAUGCCUAGGCUCGUUGGGGGCAGAGGCUACCGGCCUUGACACGGGGCUUGCGCCGGCCUGGGGCAGUCCGGGUGGGGAGGCAGUAAGGUCAGCCUGGAGCGGCCAGGGCCGUGCCCGUGCCCGCCAGGACCUGCCUUCUUCCCCAUGGCCUCCAAGCCGGCUGCCGCUAGGGGCCCCGGGGAGAAGCGCAAGCGCGUGGUGCUGACGCUGCGGGAGAAGAUCGACAUCUGCACACGGCUGGAGCGUGGCGAGAGCAGGAAGGCACUGAUGCAGGAGUACAAUGUGGGCAUGUCCACCCUGUACGACAUCCGCGCCCACAAGGCCCAGCUGCUGCGCUUCUUUGCCAGCUCAGACUCCAACACGGCGCUGGAGCGGCGGCGCACACUGCACACGCCCAAGCUCGAGCACCUGGACCGAGUGUUGUAUGAGUGGUUUCUGGGCCGGCGGGCAGAGGGUGUGCCCGUCUCGGGGCCCAUGCUCAUCGAGAAGGCCCGCGACCUGUACGAGCAGAUGGGGCUCACUGAGCCCUGCGUCUUCUCGGGUGGCUGGCUGUGGCGCUUCAAAGCCAGGCACGGCAUCCGGAAGCUGGACACGGCGGGCGAGCAGCAGGGGGCCGAGCAGCAGGCUGCUGAGUUCUGCGGCUUCUUCAGGAGCCUGGCAGCCGAGCACAGCUUGUCCCCCGAGCAGGUCUACAACGCUGAUGAGACCGGCCUGUUUUGGCAGUGCCUGCCGAGCGCCACAGCUGCUGCCACGGCCGAGACCAUGCCGGGCCUCGGGCAGAGCAAGGACAGGCUGACCGUCCUCACGUGUGCCAACGCCACAGGCUCCCACAAAAUCAGGCCCCUGGUGAUCGGGAAGUGCAGCGGGGCCCCGGUUCUGAAGGGCCCUCAGCAGCUGCCGGUGGCCUACCGGGCCCAGGGGAACGUGUGGGUGGACCAGGAGGUCUUCUCGGACUGGUUCCACCACAUCUUUGUCCCCUCGGUGAAGGAGCACUUCAGCGCUGUGGGCUUUCCUGCCGGCAGCAAGGCCGUCCUGCUACUGGUCAGCUCUCGGGCCCACCCCCAGGAGGCCGAGCUGGCCUCUGACAACAUCUUCACCAUCCUGCUGCCGGCUAGCGUGGCCACGCUUGUCCAGCCCAUGGACCAGGGCAUCCGCAGGGACUUCAUGCGGCGCUUCGUCAGUCCUGCUGCCCUGGCGCCUGGCACCCGCCCUCGCUGCGCCCUGCACGAGGCCAUCCUCCGCGUGGCCUGCGCCUGGGAUGCAGUGCCCCGAGACGUCUUCAGCCGGGCCUGGAAGAAACUGUGGCCUGCGGCAGCCGUAGCCAAAGGCUCAUCCUUCGAGGAGGAUGCUGAGCGCAGCCAAGUGAGCCAGAACCAGACCUUUGCCCAUAUCAUGGAGCUGGUGCGGGACAGCCCUGCUCGGGCCGGCCGGCUGCCCCAGAGUGUGGCUGGCGGGCAGGUGGGGCUGGGCCAAGAGGCAGCAGAGCGGCCCCCUAUGCCUGCAGGCCCAGCCCAGGCUGAGGGGGCCGGGGAGGAGGUGGCCUGGGCACGGGCGGCUGAGUCCUUCGCCGUGGUGGUGGCCUUCGCGGAGCAGCACCCCUGCUUCUCGGCGCAGGAGCUGGGCCAGCUGCGGGCACUGCGCUCCGUGUUCGCCAGGCAGCAGCUGGCGCGGGGACACCUGGCACUUCGGGCCGUGGUCAAGCUGGAGGCCCCUCAGGAGUGCUCCCCGCUGUCCUGCUCAUCUGUGGCCGGGCCCUGAGGGGAGGGCCCCACUCAGCCCCAACCCCAGUCUCACUGUGGCAGGCAGAGAAAGGUCAGCCUCGGGCAGUGCCCAGGGCAGAGAUGGCCCGUGCCGUCCUGCGUCUCCCUGUCCUGUGGAUGGCACUCGGCAGCCCACCUCAUGCUGUGCCAGCACUGGCCCUGAUGCCGUGGUCUUUACACUGACUGGCUGGCCCCAGGGUCCAUGCUGGGAGUGGGGGCCAGGCCAGAGGUAUUGCCCGGGCAGGGCUCUGCACACAGUGGUUGAGCUCGUCCUCCGGGACUGCUCUGUGCCCCGCUGGCCCUGUCCCCACCCUCCAGCACUGCUGAAGUGGGCAUGUGCCUCCUUGGCCUGGUUUUGCUCUGCCCUCAGACACCAUCCAGAUGGCCCCUUCACCUUUCCCCAUGCUAGCUCUCCCAGCCGCUGGGUGCCCAGCUCCACCCAGCUGGGAUUUGCCUUCUGCAACCCCAGAGCCUGGAUCUUCCCGUGCUGGGCCUCCAGGGCCAGACUCCAGGGGAUGGGGGUGGGAAGGAAGCCCUGGCGGCAAGCAGAAGGCUGGGCCUCCCAGCUCUGCCCACGGGGCUCCUUUACCCACAGGGCCACACACACGGAUGCCCACCACUAUACCACUGUCUGCUCUUCAAAGUAUCCACUGUGGGCAGCACUGGGAGCUAGACUUGACCCUCAGCCACCCGUGAACAGGGACCGAGCGGCAGCCUGGCCUGGCUGCCCCCGGGGCCUGGGGGCUCCAGGAGACCCUGAAAGGGCUUGGGCCGUGCCCCCUACAGCCCCUGCCCCUUCCAGGCCCUGCCCCAGCCCCACCCACACCCCCUGGGCUCCUCAGGCCCGCUCCUCCUGCCAGUGUUCUUCCCUGCACACAGGCCUGGAUGCCAGUGUUCACCCACACCUCUACCCUGCCAGUCAGGACCGCGAGGUCCCCGUAGGUGGCGCUG